AUGUCUAUGACGGACGAGAACUGUAAGAUGCUUCAACUAGAGGCAGACAAAGCCCCAAACCAGCUGGCUAAAAGACCAAAAACCCUAUCCCCAAAUCACGUACCAGAUGAAAGCUCCAACAUAGAGAAGGAAAACCGCUUCAUAGCAACUAUUGAACAAAUACAUAAAGCUCAGGACGCACUAAUUGAAAGAUUAGCAUCCAUAAGGAAAACUAUUACACUCCUAGCCACACCCGUCACCAGGGAAUUUAACUAUGCAACCUAUACCACAAAACCUCUAUCCAACAGUGAGUGGAUACUAAGGCUAUUCCUAUCGCCAGAGGAACUCGGACCUACGGAACCACCUAUAACAAAGAAAACAAUAACACAUCAAGCUGAAAUAGCGGUACCACCAGGCAAGAACGGUUCAAUCUUUGUGGACAACCUAGGAGCCCUAGACACCAUCCACACGGACUGA